CCAGCGUUUUGCACAACUUUUUAGCAACCGGCAGACUUCAACCUCUUCUUCUACAACAUGGCGACGCAAAUCAGCAAGAAGAGAAAGUUUGUAGCGGACGGAGUGUUCUACGCCGAAUUGAACGAGGUUCUGACUAGGGAGCUAGCGGAGGAUGGUUACUCUGGCGUGGAGGUUAGGGUUACUCCAAUGAGGACUGAGAUUAUCAUCAGAGCCACUCGUACUCAAAAUGUUCUCGGUGAGAAGGGGAGGAGGAUCAGGGAGUUGACAUCACUUGUUCAGAAGAGAUUCAGAUUCCCUCAAGACAGUGUUGAGCUUUACGCUGAGAAGGUGGCCAACAGAGGUCUCUGUGCCAUUGCUCAGGCUGAGUCUCUCCGUUACAAGCUUCUCGGUGGUCUUGCUGUUCGCAGGGCUUGCUAUGGUGUUUUGAGAUUCGUCAUGGAGAGUGGAGCUAAGGGAUGUGAGGUUAUUGUGAGUGGAAAGCUCCGUGCUGCGCGUGCCAAGUCAAUGAAAUUCAAGGACGGUUACAUGGUUUCCUCUGGACAACCUACCAAAGACUACAUCGACUCUGCAGUCAGACAUGUCCUGCUUAGACAGGGUGUGCUCGGAAUCAAGGUCAAGGUCAUGCUUGACUGGGACCCUAAGGGAAUAAAUGGACCAAAGACACCAUUGCCUGAUGUUGUGAUCAUCCAUGCCCCCAAGGAGGAAGAAUUCAACUCUGCACCUGCUCAGGUUGCUGCUCCGGCUGCUCUUUUACCUGAAGCAGCCCUCACAGCUGUAGAUUACCCUGAGAUGAUCCCAGUCGCUUAGAAAGAACCCUUUUACUACUACUAUUCCAUUUGAUUUUGUUCUUUUUUUUGUGUUCACUUUUCUCAGCUUCUUUUGACAGUAUAGUUUCUCGCAUCUUCGAAUCAGACAUGUUUCCUCAAAAUCAAAAUCCCGUUUAAGUUCCACAAAUGUAUCUCACUGGUAUAAGCUUGGCCAAUAUUCUGGAUUCUUGAUGGUGUAUCCCUCAGAUUCUUUGAAUCACACAUCAAAGAUGACAUCUCUGAACUCCAAAUUUACAAUAUGUUCCUUUUGUG